AUGGCUGCGUUGGUCCAAACAAUCCCGCAACAGAGUGGCACGGUACCUGUGCUUCAGACGCGUCCUUCUUCCUCAUCAGGCACCUUCUCCCCCAACCACCCGUCUCGCAUCCAGACGAUGUCGUGGUCUUCCUUUAAUGGGAAUUCUGGGAAUUAUCGAGCAGGGCACCCGGUGGUGGCUCCGUACAACUAUCAGAAUACGACCAACCGCCAAUCGUGGACACCACACCUUCGUCCCGAGCAUCGCACCUUUUCCGCUCCCGCUUCAGGGCCCGCGAACCCGACACAUGGUGCCACCCCCCGAUCUUCACACCUUGCAGCUGGUUCUGUAUCCAAUUCUUCUUCCAACUCCUCCUUCCAUUCCCCCGUCUCCAAGGACGAUAGCGCCCUCCCAUCCCGCCAACCCAGGACCGAUCAACCCGUCCGCCCCCUGUCCAUCGCCAACCUCCCUUCCCCCUCCGCUGGCAGCGCUGCCUCCCCCAAGCCAUCCCCGAAUCGGUACCGUCGUGGUAACCAGCGAGCCGAGGCCGCUGCCCCCUCCACCCCGGCGGCUCCGGUCCCGACCGUGGUCAUCGAUGAUAUGAGCUCCCCGAGACCGGUUCGGCCGACCAUGCACACUCGGGUCUCCAGCGUGGAUGAUUCAUCGCAUGGGGAGAAGACACAACCAGAGCGAUAUCGCCGACGAAGCCUGGGUAACAUGGAUGCAUCGGCAUAUCCAAAUCUUCAACUGGACCUCCCGGUGUCAACCCCUGUCCCUGCCCCUGCCCCUGCCCCUGCUCAGGCAGGGUCUUACGACUUCAUCACAUUCGAUAACCAACGGCCUGGCUCAUCUCAUUCGCAGCGGAACAGUGUGGGCAGUGUUCACUCGGCACACUCGUCUGCAUCCUCGGCACGAGAAGGCACCCCAGAUUCCACAACCAGCAAGACUAAGCCCGAAGAAAAACGUACGAGCAAGCCUUCGCCAUUAUCGCAGCCCGCAUCGACCGAGCCUGAACCCCCGAAACCCACCCCCCAACCGACUCCCCGGAAAGCGACGCCGCCCCCGCUGGACUCACCCGCUGCAAAGCGUCUCAAUGAUCUGAAAAAUGACAGCAAGCGCCCUGGAAAGUCACGCCUGCGACGAGCUUUCUCGUUCGGGAGUGCUUCCGAGCUCUUGAAAACAUCCGCACAAACCAAUGCUGCCAAGCGAGAAGCAUACGCCGUGGAGCAGGCGCGCCGUGAAGCCCUCCGCGAGCAACUGGGGCCCGAGCAAGCUGCCAUUGCCGAACAGCAGGAGCUAAGCGGUUUGGGCGAGAGUAUUUACUCUGGCCAAGGCCACUUCUUCACUGGAUCCAAUGACAAUCUCUCGGUGUCGUCCACCGCUUCGUCGGCGUCUAUGAUGCUUCGAAAGAUGGGCAAGGGUAUGAAGCGGUCAACUCGCUCCUUGGUAGGCAUGUUCCGUCCCAAAUCAGUGGCUAGUAUCAACUCCAUGGAAGGAGCAGCCCCUGAGGCCUCGCCGCCCCAGAUCACCGUGGUGAACGUGGAGGCCGAGCGAGAGAGCGUUGCGGUCAACCCCGACCCCGCCGAUCUCCCCCGUGGAGCCACCGUCUUCCCCAAGGUCGAAGGCAAUGCCGCAGAGAUCCGACGAUCCACCUCCAUCCGCGAGCGGGCAGCUUCGGAGAACCUCCAAUCGCAAACUCACUCGGAUCUAGGCGUCUCCUCACCUGCGCACGCACUGGCCGGUGGUGAUUCACCACACUCCAGUGCUCCCCCGACCCCGGAUGAGUCCUCGCGAUCUCCCGCGCAGAAUGACUCGGUCAAGAUUGCCGGCGAAGACUACUUCCUUUCCAAUGCGGGACGUUUCAACUCGGACUCCAAGAGCGCCCCCAUGACCCCACAAGCUGUCGGCGGUAGAAAUAUCGUCUUCAGCCCCCGCAUCCAGUUCCACGAGACCUGGCCCAGCGGCGAAUACGAUCGUCGCGGCGAAAUCGCCACCUGCAAUCGUCUCACUCCCCUGCUCGCCCAGCAGAUCCGGGAGGAGAUCAAUAACUUUAAAAUGGAGAUGGAAGUUCACGAAAACUCCAAGAUCUAUACACACUUCAUCUAA